AUGGUCCAGAAAGGCAAAGGAAAAGGCAAGGGCAAGGGCAAGGGCAAGGGCAAGGGCAAGGGCAAAGGCCCCGAGCUGACCUUCGACGAAAAGGCUCGAGCCGAAUACCUUACUGGAUUCCGCAAACGUAAGCAAGAACGCAAACAGGCGGGACGAGAGUACCUCGCCAAGAAGGCGAAAGAGGAGCAGCUUAUCGCUCGUAAAGAGCUGCGCGAGGCACGCAAGGAGAAGGCAGCAGAGAACGUUCGCGAGCAACGAAAGGCGUAUGGUCUCGAAGCCGAGGGUGAAUCCGAUCUUGACGUCGCUGGCAACUCCGACGACGAGAACAUCGACGGCCAAGAUGCUGUGCCGCAGAUCCAGGAAGAGGAGUACGACUCGGAUGAGCACCACACGCACGUCCUUGUCCAAUCGUUCGAUCCUGAGCAAGAGGCUUUCGAGAAGGCGACUGCCGUCGCAGCAUCGUUGCCUGCGAGAAAGCCGAAAGCGAAUGGAGCGUCUUCAACUGCCGCCCCUUCCUCUUCCACCGCCACCGCCACCACCAGUGUCGAGGCUCUCCCUCCUUCGUCCCGCCGUGUCAACAAAGCCAAAGCCAAUGCGAGUCUCUCUUCUUCCUCCCCUCUGCCUUCGACUUCUGCCGCAUCCUUCUUUUGCGAGCACUCUGUCCCCGCGCCAUCCAUUCACGUUGCAAUGAACGCCAAACUGACUCUAUCUCCUUUCUUGUCCACUAUCUCCGCUCUUCUUGCAACUGCAGGCCAAGGCCAAGAAACGAGUGAUGCACACCAAGAAGAAGAUGUCUCGAAGAAAAGACUCCACAUCUCGGGGCUCACAGCCGCGUUCUCGCAAGAGGACCUAAUCCGUCGCUUCUCCACUUUUGGCACUGUUGUCAGCCUUGACGGUCUCGGCAAGCGCGAUGCCCUUGGAGAGUUGCGCCCAUACGCAUAUCUAACGCUUCAAGCACCACCGCAGCAGAUCAAACGAUGCAUCAACUUGUUGUCAGGAUCAGUGUGGAAGGGUGCGACGUUGCGCAUCGGCGAAGCCAAAGCCGACUACCAACAACGCAUCCAUCUCGAGCAACAGAAGCGAAAACAAGAAGAGCAAGAGAAGGCGAAUAAGCCCCGCAAGCACAACAGCUUACCGCCAGGGAUGGGCGUCGAGAGCUACAACAUGAAGCCAGUCGAUCAAGAGGCGGUAGAGAAGGGCCUAGCGUGGGGCUGGAAACGUACGCCCGCAGGACAUCUCGUUCGUCCGCUGCGUAUGCGACCAUCUCACCCUCUGCCACGACCGUCCCGCGCAUCUACACUAGCACGAGUCAAUGCAUCCGCAGAAGAGGGCGAGGAGGAUCAAGAGGAAGCAACAUCCAGCAGACGCACGCGCGUCAAUCCUCGUCCACCGACUAAAGCACAUCGCAUCACCAUCGAUCCAACACGAUAUGGUGUCAUCCAUCUCUCUGGUCCGCUGCUCGAGUCGUUAGCUGCAGAGACAAGCACGGAUUCCUUCGAUGUUUCAUCGCUGGGCGAAGGAGAGUGGCACUGCGAGGAGAUCGAGGACGAACAAGGCGAAAUAGGAUCGGCAGAGAGGACGGAUCGUCUGGUUCGAUGGCAGUACGUGGCCAAGGAUGGUGUCGUGUUGCACGAGGAGUUUACCAAGCUUCCGAUUCGAGUUGUUCCUGUUCAGCAAGCAUCCGCAUCAUCAGCAGCGGACAACAUCGGCAACGGCGUCGAAGAUGUCAUGGCAGAAUUGAACUUUGAUCAGUACUCGGACGCAGGCAGUGACGACGAUCUGUUCUCUGGUUUCCCGUCCUCGCUGACCCCAGCAAAGCCACAAGCAGAGCCGAAGAAGGCCGUCGCUCCAAAACCUGUACCAGCCUCUGCUCCUGCCGAAGACGAGGUUGAGACAGCUGAUAUCGAUGACCUCUUUGCCGGUAUCUCCAACUGCUCCGUUCCCGAGACGAAUGUCAAGGAUCUGUUCCUGGAUCUGCCUUCAACACCUGCACCUGCUCCGCCUGCUCCACCUGCUGCAACUGCUCCACCAGCAAAGCGCGCGAAAGUCGACAAGCCAGCUCCCGUUGCUACACCGACAUUGUCGAAAAAGAACAAAGGCACUUUUCUUCCUGGUCUGGAUCCAGAGGAAGACGAAUUUUCGGAUGGGUACGACGAGGCUGCUGCUGUAGGGCCGACGCGCGAUAUCAAGCAGGUGGUAGAUGCGGCAGAGGAGAGGAGCAAGACAUUGGCGCUGCUGGGCGCAAUGUUUGGGGAUGGGUCUGAUGAUGAGGCGCCUGCGGACAACGGUCUCGCCGAGAUUGCUGUUGACGAGGAAGAGGAUAGUGACCAUGACUCGAGCUCUGACUCGAGUUCGGCGUCUGACUCUGACUCGGAGCCAGUAGACGGUGAGGCUGAGGAAGCAGUGAAGGCUAGCUCCUCGUUGAGCUCCAGCUCCUGCUCAGACUCUAGUUCGAAAUCGGAUGGAGCAGAGUCUAGCGACGACGCAGAGUCGACUGCUGAAGCCGAGGAGGCAUUGCAGCCAGUCGUGGCUGGAGAAUCGGAAGCUGUCGUCGAGGACGAAGAUGUGGACAUGGUCGAGGCACCUGAGCCAGUCAGUGAAGUUGUCGCUUCUGCUCCGACUGAUGCCAGAUCUCGACGAGCUGCUUUGCUAUCUUCGCUGUCCCACCCGAAUUCUGGAUCCAAGGCUCAAGACAACAGCUAUGUCCCCAUCGCACGAUUCGAUCCCGGUACUCUCGCCUCAGCUACGUCGGCCCAAUCCGAGCCUGCUCCCGCCGAGCCAUCAGCACCAACAGCGACUGCUGCGCCUCAAGCUACUGUCAACUCCACACCAGCAGCUUCUGCAGAAGAAGCGCAGGGAAGCAAGGUCUCGAUGUCGACACUGAAAGAAAUGUUCAAGCCGCAAGACCGACAUUCGAGUUGGGAUGUCACGACUGGGUUCAGUCUUGGACUCGGCGCUGCUGAUGGCGAAGCUGCAGGUGGAGACAGUGGUGGAGGCUUCUCGCUGAUGGAUUCGCUAGGACUCGAGUUCGAGCUGGAAGAGGAAGAACCUGGACCCGAGCGCGCAGACCUCUCCGCUCAGGCACUUGCGGCUAUGGGCGCUUCUCGCUGGCAGCAACACUCUACGCCCACCACGCAAGCCCAACCCGAAGUGCAACAGCGUAAGCUCAGACCAUUCUUCCCUUGGUCCAGCGGCAGCUCGUCUUGGAACAGUAGUGAUAGUCAAGGUUCGGUGCAGCGAUGGUUGAAGCCAAGGUCGGAGGAAGAGAAGGAGAAGCACUGGGCCAAGUACAAGAAAGAGCUGACCAAGGUGAUCAGGAAGCGUCAUAGGGAGGCGGCGAGGAAGCAUAAGCGUAACUUCAAAAGUAUGCCGCAGGCGAACAAGAGAGCAUAG